AUGAGUUCCUCCGAUCUGGCCGUGUCGGCGGCCGGCUCCCAAACCUUUCAUCCAUUUCCCUACCUUCCACCCGAACUACGCUUCCAGAUAUGGCGUGACACCUUGCCCGAAACUGACUCGCCGGCGUUUACUCCCUACCAGGGUGAAGGUUGGUUCUCUUACGAGCAUGCAGUCUAUGAAACCUAUGUGGAGUGGGAGCUCCGUUACGACUCGCUUGAUAAAAUCCGUGUCAAGAUACCGCUCGCCGACGUGAAUCGUGAGGCCCGCUACGUUGCUAUCGAAUGGAUUCGCAAGCAGGAAAUUGAGGUCCUUUUUCAUCGGCAGAGACAGUGCUUUUACUUCCUACGCAAGUUUGUCCCAAUGUACGACGUGGUGUGGGUUGGUCGAGAUGAAUUUGAAUUAUUUUCCCAGGAGUGCUGGGGGAUUCACAAUACGGAUAGAGCUCCGGAGAGUGUUUCUCAGCCCAUCAACAUCGGCCAGUUUGCUGUGCCUGAGAGUUUGUUGAUGGAUGCUUCGUCCUCCAAGUUGAUUUGCGAGACAAUUUGCUGUUUUGCUUGUGAUGUGGUUAUGUAUGUCAUCGCGGGCGAACAUCCAGGUUUUACGAGCGAGAAUAGUUUCAGCAAAAAAAUACAGGCGCGAUGGGAGCUUGAUGGCGCAUGUGAAGGAGAAGCAAUUGUCUGGGAUCGAAACAGCCAGAGAUUUGAUGUGAAGAGUGGCCCCCGGAUUCUCGGCGAGCACUCAUACCAGCGGGUAUUGGAAGUCAGUGAACUGAUGGCUCAAUAUUUUAUCUUUCUCGAGCACGAUAUCGACUUUGAAAUACGGGCUGCCCGUGCCAUCAGACCGUGA